AUGGCCAUGGUAAUGUCUGUGUUGUCAUGGUUUUUGUGUGUUUUGGUAGCAGUCCAAUGUGGUUCAUGUGCGAAGGACAUCUUCAUACUGGGAGGACAGAGCAACAUGGCUGGUCGUGGAGGUGUUCACAUGGGAAAAUGGGACGGCAAUGUCCCACCGGAGUGCAAGCCCAACCCAUCUAUUUUGAGGCUAAGUGAAAAACUCCAAUGGGAGGAAGCACGUGAGCCUCUGCAUGCGGACAUUGAUGUGGCCAAGACGUGUGGCGUUGGGCCCGGAAUGGCUUUUGCAAACGAGGUUGUUAAAGUCUUAGGAGCAGGUUGUGUGGGUCUGGUCCCUUGUGCAGUGGGUGGGACUAGAAUUUCUCAGUGGAGCAGAGGGUCACAUUUGUAUAAUGAAUUGGUUCAACGAUCCACUCACUCAAUGAGGGAUGGUGGUGGUGGCACAAUUCGAGCACUUCUUUGGUAUCAAGGUGAGAGUGACACUGUGAGAGAAGAGGAUGCUGAGGCAUAUAAACAUAAAAUGGAAACCUUUAUUAUGGACCUUCGCUCAGACCUUCAUCUUCCAUCUCUCCUUGUUAUCCAGGUAGCACUUGCAUCAGGGGAAGGCAAGUUUACAGAGAAGGUGAGACAAGCUCAACUGGGGAUCACACUGCCAAACGUCAAGUGUGUUGAUGCCAAGGGAUUGCGCCUCAAAGCAGAUAAACUUCACCUUACCACCAUUUCUGAGGUUCACGUAGGCAUUCAUUUAGCUCAUGCCUAUCUCGCUUCCGUCAGCCACCAAUUUAAUCAUACGCAACUCAGCUAG